CUUAUAACCCUCUGUUGGAUACAAGACAUUUAGAGCCGUAUAAAGACCUCAGGCAACAAUCACGCAUAUGGGGCCCCAAUAGAGAUCGAGAUACAAGACAAGAACCGGCAUUUCGAUACCGUUGCCUAUUUCCGAUUCAAAGUUUGGCCAAAAGCACGUAUACCAGCUUCCACAAUGGUCCCCUGGAGAAAUACUGAAAAAAAGAUUGAAAGUGUUCAAAAUCUCCAUAAUUCUAGAGACGAAAGGAUUCUUAAUCAAUAGGAUAUAAUCGGCGAAAAUCCUCGAAUGAUACAAACCCCGCAAAGUCAUAGAAGGAGAUUUCACUGUAUGUCGAAGUGAUGGAAAUAGCGCAAAAUUAAAUCAUUACCGAAUUCGCAAGGGGUGACGAAAUGACGUGUAAAUUUACUACCAAAUAGAGUUUGGGGGAAUCAAAAAUCCGAAUUUACUGGAAAAAAAACCUUUUCGGAUCAAUAAGGGGAGAAAAAAAAAGAAAUGAAGCGUUCGUGAACCACGUGUUACUUACAAAGCCUGCAGAGAUAGAGAGAAGGAACAGUGUUACAGAAGUCGACAAUGAAGAAAGACCACUGUGCCACAGUUACGAUUAUCUUUGUUCUGUCAUCUUCAGUCAUCAUUAUCUCUUCAUCGCACAGCCAUCAUCAUCAUUAUCAUCAUCACCGAAGCCAGGGGUGCACAUGGGGAUCUCAAUUGUUUCGGACCAAACGAGGGGUACCGGUGACUCUUAACCUUCCUGUUGGUACAAUCUAUGGAUAUGCAGAUCAGCAACCGCGAUCAGCGUUUAAAUUUGAGUUCGCCAACUUCAACGCCCGAGAAUUCAAUUUCAAGCUUCAGCUACUGGAGAACAUUACGAACACCAGAAACAGUUGUUUUCUCGCCAAUUCACUCUGUGAUCAGAUGGCGAUCGGGGUUUUCUUGUUUUUUGGCUCCAAGGAUACCAAAUCCGCGGAGACGAUCGAGUCGUUUACCAGGAAGUUCCACGUUCCCUACGUGUGCCCAUGCUUGACCAAAGUGGUGGAUCCAAAAAAUAAUUUUCAAAUUCACAUGAAGCCACCAUUUACAAUGGCUAUAGUUGACAUGAUACGCCAUUACAGAUGGAGAAAUAUGAUAUAUUUAUAUGACUCCACCGAAGGAUUACAACGAUUUAACGAAGUAAUGAGUGCCUUUUACGAAGACAUGACCAACAAGGAAACAAUGUUAGCCAUACGCCUCUCUGAUAUCAACCACGCGCACGAGCAGCUCAGGUUUAUAGAUUCCAUUAGGUUUAGGAACGGUGACCCAAACAUCCUGAACAUCAUAUUCGAUUUGUCGUCCCAGGAAGCAUACGAAUUAAUCAUGAAACAGCUUGCAGAAGUGGGAAUGAACAAAGAGGAAUACUUCUAUUUAUUUGCUACAAUGGAUUUUUCAAAACUGAAUUUUAAACAUUUUCUGCACGGCGGGGUGAACGUGACUGGCUUUGAUUUGGUUAACACGGAGGAACCAAAUGUAAAGUCGUUCUUACGGAAAUGGAGAACUGCCAAUCAAGCUAUAUACCCAGCGGCUGGCCACCCCCUGAUGUCGGAAGCAGCCCUAGCGGUGGACGCCAUGGAACUUAUUACCACCGCCUUUAGAAGGAUGCUAGACAAGAAAGACUCCGUGUUUCAAGAAAACUUCCGAAGGACACAGAUGUAUAAUUUCUACGGCGAUGUAAUCCUUAAAGGGAUUCAGUGCUUUAAUAAUGAACACGGUUUUGUUCCCUGGCAGCAUGGUCAAAACAUCCUGAAGGAACUCAAGUCGGUAGAGUUCAACGGUUUAACGGGACCAGUCUCCUUUGAUGAGAAUGGGUACAGGAAGAACUAUGAGAUACAUGUAUCCAGGGUGGGGCUUAACCAGCCGCCGCUGAGGAUCGGCAAAUGGUCUAAGGGGCACUUUACGGUUGUUGGAGAAGACGAGAACAACUUUUAUCAAAGUAAUUUCACGAGACGUGACGGGGUCAUUAGAAUUACCACGAUUCUGGUUGCUCCAUUUCUUCAGUACAAGAAAGGAGGGAAUGCAUCCGAUAAAAAUUACAACAAUCGAUUUGAAGGUUUCAUGGUUGAUUUGAUGGAAAAGAUAGCGGAACGACUGAAUUUGAAAUACAGAUUUCAACUUGUACAUGACAACCAAUACGGCAGACAAGAUAUGAAAACUGGAAAAUGGAACGGCAUUAUGGGAGAAUUAAUCGACGGAGUUGCGGAUAUGGCAGUUGCUCCUCUCACAAUAACUCUAAAAAGAGAAAACGUUGUUGACUUCACCAAACCAUUCAUGGACGUCGGAAUAAGUAUAAUGAUCAAGAAGCCCGAAAUAGAAAAGCCUGGUGUAUUUUCGUUUAUGAAGCCAUUUUCUAUUCAAAUAUGGAUGUUUAUUGUUCUUGCGUAUGCGGCCGUGAGCGUCGGGUUAUUCUUUGUGUGCAGGGCUAGUCCCUAUGAAUGGCGGAAAUUAAUUCAGGGAAGCAUAUUGAAAUACGAAAACGAGUUUUCACUUGUCAACAGUUUCUGGUUCUCUGCAGGAGCUCUAAUGUUACAAGGCAGCGAUGCAUGCCCAAGAUCUCUGUCAGGGCGUGUUAUCGGCACGGUGUGGUGGUUCUUUGUCCUGAUCAUAAUUUCUACCUACACCGCUAACCUCGCCGCCUUCCUCACCAUAGAGCGCCUAGUAACGCCAAUAGCGUCCGCAGACGAUCUAGCCACUCAGACAGAAAUCAAGUAUGGCACGGUGCGAUCCGGAUCUACUCGUGAAUUCUUUGAGAUGUCAAAGGUUCCAACAUUCCGGAAAAUGGGCGAAUUUAUGAAAUUCAACGAUCACUAUUUUGUUGAAACCGUGGCUGAAGGGAUAAAAAGAGUUAGAAAUUCGAAAGGAAAAUACGCUUUCCUUUUGGAAUCGACAUCAAACGAAUACGCUAAUAGCCGCGAGCCUUGUGAUACAAUGAAAGUAGGAAGAAAUCUCAACUCGAAGGGUUUCGGCAUAGCGACACCACUCAAUUCAGCUCUGAGAGACGAGCUGAAUUUGGUUGUUCUGGAGCUAAAGGAGGACGGAACUCUACAUAGACUUAAAAGACGAUGGUGGCAAGAUAAGUCUCAGUGUGCUCCCGACAACCAGGAGACGUCAGGGAAGAGAUCUCUAUCUCUCAGUAACGUCGCCGGAGUGUUCUACAUUCUGAUUGGCGGUCUGGUUUUGGCCGUGCUGUUUGGUGCUUUCGAAGUGACUCUAAAAAGGCUACAGCUUGUUCCAAAGCACAUUUACACCAUAAAAGACCGCGAAUCAUCCGAGGUAAAACUUCUCCAAACUCCUUCCGAACGAGAAAAUGGAAUCAUUUCCGACUGCGGUAUGAACAGUCAGGAUUUUAAUAAUGACGAAUUGCUGGACAAUGAAAUUAACCAGCAGGGAUUUUCCGGUUUUAUUGGAUUUGAAGCAUUUGGAGAUGGAAAUGCACAUACAGAUGUAUGAGGAAGAAAGCUAGGGUUCACUAAAAAUCUAUGCAAUCUACAUAAUAAAAAACUAAAAACGAGUUUGUUUAUGCAUUUAUACAUUUUGAUAUGAUUUCUGUUAAUGUAAUACAUAUGUACGCCCAGUUUAUCUUUCUUCGAUAAAAAACCCAGUGUAACAGAAAACAAAAAGCUGAAAUCUAAUA